AUGAGUUGUCAGGUAGAAUUCACUCCUCACUUCUCAUCUAAAACAUUCAAUCUUAAUGCUCUUGUGGUAAAUAAAGUGACUUCACCUCUCCCAAAUUUCGAUAUUCAAAUUCAACACUGGCCGCAUUUGGAUAAUCUUAUACUCGCAGAUCCAAAUUUUUAUAUUUCGCAACAAAGUGACAUUUUGCUCGGUGCAGAUAUUUAUGCACUCCUCCUGGAUGGACUUCCCAUUUUUGGACCUUCAGGAACUCCAGCUGCAAUUUCAACUAAAUUGGGAUACAUUUUAACUGGAAAAAUCUAUACUUCACAAAGGCCUGACUCGAUUGUGCAUUCAACUUUGUGUGACCAGUCAAUUGAAAAGAUACCUCCGAAUGUAGACGAUUUGUUGGCAAGAGCUGACACUGAAGAAGAAGCUAAAGCCACUAUUAUCAAAAUUCAAAACCUAAUGAAAUCAGGGGGAUUUAGUCUUCGAAAAUGGUCUAGUAGCCAUAAAAUUAUUUUGAAAUAUUUGGAUAAAUCCUUGUUAGCUACAGAAUCUAUACAUUCGUUGUGCGAUGAAGAAGUAAAACAGCGGGUAUUAGGUAUUUUUUGGAAUCUUUUAACCGAAUCGAUUCAAGUUAGAAUUGCUGAUGGAGAAAUCGUAAAUACAAAAAGGCAACUUCUAUCAGUUAUUGCUAAAACAUUCGAUCAGCUGGGACUGUUUUCGCCUUCUGUAAUCAUAUUAAAAAUUAUGUUGCAAGAGCUAUGGAAAUCGAAAGCCGCUUGGGAUGAUCCUGUUCCUCUUACCAUUCUAGAAACCUGGACAAAAUUUAAACAGCAAAGCUAUAAUCUAAACUUGAUUUCAGUUCCUCGCUUCUUGGGAGUCGACAAUAAUUCUGACAUCCAAUUACACGGUUUCUGCGAUGCAUCUACAAAAGCAUUCGCUGCCGUUAUCUAUUUGAAAUCUAGACAGAAUCAAGUAUCUCUCGUAAGUGCUAAAACUCGUGUUGCUCCUAUAAAACAGCUUACUAUCCCAAAGUUGGAACUUUGCGGAGCACUUCUACUUACCGAGCUAAUAACUGCCAUCGAAAAAGCACUAUCUUUUCCCAUAAAAGAGCGAUAUUUAUGGACAGAUUCAACAAUCGUAUUAAGUUGGAUAAAUAAACCCCCAAGUAAAGGGAAUAUGUUCAUUCAAAAUCGAGUUAAUAAUAUCUUAAAUUUAACUUCAGUGUCUGAUUGGUAUCAUAUUCCUGGUAAACUCAAUACAGCCGAUUGUGCUACUCGAGGACUUUUUCCAGAGCAGCUCAAAAAUGCAUCUUAUUGGUGGAAUGGUCCUGAUUGGAUCAAACAAGAUUUUCAUUCUCUUGUAAAGUCCUUAAAAGUGCUAACUACCAACUUAGUUGAGCCAGACUCCGUGCAGGAACCUACGUCCCUAAAUGCGGACAGAAAUCCUUUCAAUGACGUGCUACUCAAAUUUUCAUCUUACACCAAAAUUAUAAGAGUAUUUGCAUGGGUUAAACGUUUUAUUCAAAAUUGUAAAGCUUCCUGUUUAACCUCUAAAUCAGUAGGGCUCCUUCAAGCAGAAGAAUUAGACGCUUCACUUAAAAAUCUAGUUAAACUCAUUCAGCAAACUGAAUUUUACCAGGAAAUUAAAUGUUUCAAGAUGAACAAACUCAUACCCAAACCUAGUAAAUUACUCCCUUUAAAUAUAUUUUUGGAUAAAGAUGGGAUUCUCAGAGUGGGAGGUCGGCUUUCUAAACAUCCGACUCUUCCCUAUGAUCAAAAAUUUCCAAUAGUCAUCCCCAAAAGGCAUCAUAUAACUCCCCUUAUAAUUCGAUAUUUUCACCAACUCAGUCUCCAUGCUGGACCAGAAUUGGUUUUAUCUCUCAUUCGACAAAAAUUCUGGAUUCCUGAUGGUCGUUCCACGGUUCGUUGA